GCCGUUGAUCGCUCUGGUCUGUGUGAACGCGGAAGAGCAGAAGCGCGUGACCGUUUAAGCAAUGGCGAUGGACCGGACCGGAUCAUGGAGCUUGUGUCCGGAUUGCUGAGCCGAGUCUGGCUUCUGACGGGACUUUCUGACCUGACGAAUGACAAGAGAAGCAAGAAGAUGGAGGAAAAAGCGUUGGAGGUGUAUGAUGUGAUUCGGACGAUUCGGGAUCCGGAGAAGCCCAACACUCUGGAGGAGCUGGACGUCGUGACGGAGAAGUGUGUGGAGGUGCAGGAGCUCGGGGACGAUGAAUAUCUGAUCAUCAUUAAGUUCUCUCCCACCGUACCGCACUGCUCUCUGGCCACUCUGAUAGGUCUGUGUCUACAAGUCAAGCUUCAGCGCUGCCUGCCGUUCAAACACAAGCUGGAGAUUUACAUAACUGAGGGAACGCACUCGACCGAGGAGGAUAUUAACAAACAGAUCAAUGAUAAGGAGCGUGUGGCGGCCGCCAUGGAGAACCCCAACCUGCGUGAGAUCGUGGAGCAGUGCGUUACUGAACCAGACGACUGAGUUCGGCUCCCACAACACUUUCUACACGUGUUUGCUUUCUCAAACAGGCUGGAAGGAUAAUGUCUGAUGAAACUAAAGCCAAGCAGUCGAUGUGCAGCGCUCGUCUUCAUAACAGCCGCACAGCAGGACUUUUGCCGGCUGCAGACGUCGAGAAGCUGUCUGGAUGAAGGAUGAAGGUCUCUGUCUUUCCGCCUGCUUCCCGUUUGUUUUGAUUCAUUGAAGAACAACAUUCCUCAAGCUGAGGACAAAACAGCAACUUCCUGUUAAACUUCCUGGGUAAAAAAAAAACACAAUAUUGCAUCAGAUCACAAAAGAACACCUUUAAAGGAUAGUUCACCUAACUCUCAUGUCCCCAAACAUCUGACUUUUUGUUUGUGCAACUGUUUCCUUACAGUCAGAGUGGAUUGUAAUAUAAACUGCUCAAAAAUGAUCAUUUAUGAGUGAAAACAGUUGGUCUGUUCGUCACACAAAGCUUCAGAGGACUUGUUGAUAUAGCGCAACAGUGCACUACUUUAUGAUGCUAUAAUGAUGUGUUAUGGUACUUUUGGAGCUCAGCAUCAUCCGUCCUCACUUUCAUUGUGUGGUGAAGAGCAGCUCAGACAUUCUGCCGAAUAUCACAGAUUUUGUUUUCCACAGAAGACAGAAAGUUAUAUGGGUUUGAAAUGACAUGAGGGUCAGACAAAUUUAAACGUUUGGGGAAACAAAAGUAAAUUUUGACUAGUUUUUAAAGAUUUUUUUUUUGUGAUAGACAAUAAUGAGUUUGUAAAUAAUUUGAUUUUGUAAGGGAAAAGUCUAUAUUUGCAGAAUUCAAGAUCUUACAAAUAAAACCCUUCUCGGAGAA